CAUGGCUGCCGGCAGCCAUGUUGGUUUUCAGCCAGUCACCCCAAUGCAAAGUUCAAGGAAGAGACAUCGAAUUUUCACCGAGCUAAUUUUGCGUUAAAAUGAGGGUCUAAGACCACCCAACCGCACACCCCGUGUGCCCGUCACACUUUGCAUCAUGACUUUUUCGUACGUCAAGAUGGGGUCCUCCCCUGUAUUCACAACCAGCAACAAAGCAACAAACUUUGACAAAGAAACCAACACUUACGAUUCGAUUAUUGGCCUGAACCUGAUCACCAUCAACAAUGCUGAUGAACACGUACAGGCUAGUUUUGGUGGGUCUGCCCACCUCGGACGCCUCCGCUACUGAUGCCAUCCCCAUCCGAUGGCAGCUGCAAGGAGGCGACAAUGAGACCAUCGUCGCCCUGGUCCCGGACAAAGUCCAGGAGAUCAAGAAUGAGGAGGCCGCAGAGGAGAGUGCGGCCGACAGGGCUCGCCGAAUGCUUGAAGAACUAGAGCAGGAGGGCGCUGCUCUUGAGGAGUCGUUCAAGGAUGACUCGUCGUUCAUCCUGCCGAAUCUGGAUGUGUUCCCAGACGUGGAGAAGCCCGGCACCGAGCUGCCGCUUCCCAUGGACCUGGUGGACACCGAAGAGCUGCUGAUGGACCUGGAGACCAUCCUUCCGGACAUUGACUCGCCUCCGCAGAGUCCUCCAAGGCUCACUGAACUUGACGAGCUGCUGCAGCUGCGCGCAGAGGCCCUGCCGGACCCUGAGGAGUUCGACGACCUGUUGAUGCCUCCAACGCCGUCCGACUCGUACGCCUCCUCGCCAGGGCCGCACUCGAGCCCUUCCUACGCUCCGUCGACUCCCGCCUCCAUCUACAGCGAUUCCAGCAACGACCCUGAGUGGGUCCCUGAGCCAAUGCCCGGCCCCUCCAAGACCAAGAGGAAGCCCUACUCGAGGGUCAAGCGGCCGAUCGACCGCGCCGAACGCAAGAAGUUGCAGAACAAAAACGCUGCCACGCGGUACCGCAACAAGAAGAAGGUGGAGGAGGAUGAGUUGCUGACGCAGGAGGCUGAUCUCGCCGCCCGCAACAAGGAGCUCCGAGACCAGGUCUCCGAGAUCGAGACGGAGAUGCGCAUCGUCAAGGACCUGCUGAGGAACAAGUUUAAGCGAAUGGGCCUCCUCAAAUAAAUCCCCUGCAUUUUGUCCUUACGUCUAUCUAUGGCUAGCUAAUUUUAUGCGCCGGGCUAUCUGAAAUUUUCCUUCUGAAUUUUUCAGUUCUGAUAUGGCCCGGAAGUGUUUUAAGUAAACUAACUUAUAGUUAGAGAAACUCCAGGGCCCGAUUGUCUCGUUGUAGCGGUAAGAGGUGUGUGGUUUUUGCUAUUUACACAACGUCAUUCCACCAGGUGCAAUGAUUUGAUUUCUUCCGAUUGUCUCUUAAUUUUUUUAUUAGUUAUUUUCAACAUGACGGGCGCUGCGGAUUGAUUCUGAUAACCUGAUGAAGUGCAAAUUUUUUUCUAUCGCGCCGAGUAGUUGGGUGGGGAGGCCGCUGCGUCCUGUCUCUUUAUGAUUUUUCCACUUGAACUUUGUCACCUGGCCCUGGCUAUCAAUUUAACAAUUACUCUCAUCUAUGUUCACUAACCCUUAGAUUGUAUUUUAAACGUCAAUAAAAUAUCCUCUGGUGCGUGGAAAA